GCCCCAUGUCUUCUUUCCUGUCACCGCAAGGCAGCCAAGGGAUACUUGGACAGAAGUAACUCCCUGGUAUAAGGUCUGCUCGGCCGCUUCCGUGAUCAUUGUGAGGCCUUCUUUCCCCUCUCUUUCCCUACUCGCUCUGAUCAGGAAUCGCAAGAGAUCCGGUCCCUCAGCUUUCAUUCCCCAGUCAUUGCCAGCCAAGCGGCCAUGUCUUCGACAGACUGCCACUCCGUCAAAAUGCAAUUUCAUCUGCAGGACCACAAUUACCACCACGCAAUGUCUGCAAAUGUCCCAACUUUUGUGAACAGAAGCGUACCGAGCUACAGUGUCUCGAAUCAAACCACUAGUGCCAGAGGAAACAACCCGUCAUCUCCGCGCUAUUCGCCGAAUAUCCAGCCUUGGAAGAGACAGCAGGUGCAGAGCUCUUUGUCAUUUGUUUCUUCCCCAUCGCCCCGCGUCGACCAGUCAGAGUAUACCACAGCGCAGCCACGGACCAGUUCAGAACGCCCUCCUGUGUACAUGUCUCCUUUCCGUUCUGUGCGCAAGAUGAAACAGCCCUUCGAGCUGCGUCUUCCGUCCUCCCCGUCUCAUGAGAAUCUCGCUGCAAGUGGCAAAGAAUCCCCGCUCUCUCGAAGAUCAUCUAAGACUCGGACGCUUCGCCCAUGGCGUUCAGAUCAGAAUCUCAAAGUCAACAGCAUUGACUCUUUCGGUCUCCUUCCGAGCCCCCCUCUAUCAGACACCAGGUCACCACACGCCUCGCCUCUGUCCUUCUUCUCGCCGAAAUCGGAGUCAGGAUCCGACUACAGCCAACGGAGUCCAAACGGUUGCGGCUGCGUCGCAGGCAGGGAGUUGUGUCGCGAUUGCUAUACCUCUCCUCAAAGCGAAGCACAAGAGACCCAGAAGAGCUUGAAAGGAACCGCAAAUGUACAUACGGCACACUCACACCUGGCUAAACAAUGCGAGACGGGCCAGAAACAGUUGACACCUGGUUCCACCUAUUCAGAGCGCAUGUCAUCGCCAGCACCCUAUUCAGACUUUGAGCCCUUUGGAAAAAGGAAUCUUGCUACCUCUUCCAUUGGUGCAGGAAGGAGCAGGUCAGGGACGGUAUCUAGCGACGGAAGCUGGGCCCCCAGUAGCCUAUCUUAUUGGGAGCCUUGGCUGCAGCGUGCUCCAUUGGAUGGCGCCGAAGGUCAGGGUGAGAGGCUCAAGGAGUUAAAUCGACGGAGAAUCCAGAUCGUGCAGAAGAGUCCCCCGCCGCCUCCACGGAAGGUUGAAUUGAAGGCAGCCAGACCAGCAAUGUACGCAGUAGCAACCAAGACGAAGCCCAAAUUAGUGGACAUUUCGCGCCAGUCCUCCCCCGCUAUGAGCUAUGGCCUCCCAACACCGCAGCAUCCUAUUCCUUCGACUCCUGAUCAGGGCCAGCAAGAAAUAUCAGCCUUCAGUCCCGACACACCUUUGGAGAUGUCCGACAGCGGAUAUAUUACACAUCAUUCAUGCUAUUCACCGAACACCUAUCCGCAUGGCAAGGGCCAUUUUGAUGACGAUGACGAUGAUGAAGAUGAGGACGAUGACGAUGUGUAUACAGACGUCAGCUCCCUCACUUCAGAACCGGUUGGUGAUACGGUGGAGGACAUUAAGCCGGCGCCCAGCCCCGAGCUUCCGAAAUCACCAGUUAAGCCAGGAGUCCCGCCGAAGUUUGCUGCGUCCGUCCAGGUAUCGCCUGGGCGUUCCUCAACCAAGUCGGAGAAGGAAGAGCUGGAGAAGUGGUGGGAUCAUGAAUGGACUAUCGAUCAGCUGGAACUGUCGGUCAAGGAUUUUCCACGUAACAUGCUCCGUCUCACAUCACCCGUCAUCAUGUUCCUUCGCCGUAACAAUGAGAGAGCCCUCUUACGACCUUUCCGGACGAUCUUUCCCAACGUGGCCGAAAAUCUACUGGAUGGAUUAUGUGCUGCUCUGAUCGCACGGAAUUAUGUUGUCUCUUUGGCGACUACUCACCAGAGGAAGAGUCAGCUCAACCCACGGUCUCGGCUGGACACCGUUCCUGAAAAAGCAACCGCAACGUCGACGAAUUCCAACCACGCCAACCCAUCCCGCAUCAAAGAGCAGGUUCUCGGAUCGCGCAGUAUGGAUCUACGCCGCGACUUGGAUCGUAUUGUUGAGAAGAUGCUCUUCGCUAUAUGCGGCCAGGCCGAGGAGCAUCUGAAAAGCGCCGUACUUGUCCUCGCCGAAGUUCUCGAAACGAAGAACUAGGCAGUCUCUCCUUCAAAGAUUCUUUCAUUGUCCUAGACUUCUCAACACUCGUUAAAUUUCCUGUUAUCUUGAAUUUCCCAUCACCCGUUUUGCUGUCCGGUCUCUCAUUGACCAACCCUUCCUAACCCUAUCGUUCGUUCUGCCAUUGUUCUGUUGGCGAACCAAAAUUGCAUAGCUGCCGUCCUUUUGCUCCGUUUCACAGACUUGUUUCCCUCGUUAUAUCCUGCCAUCACGUUGUGGCCUGUCUACACUCAUGCUUUCUUCAUGUCUGCCACCUUUCUCCUACGUCCUGUUCCCUA